CGAGCCUGCCACACGGCUAACGAACUGCUCCAUCAAAAACCAUGACAACUGCAGCUUGCUGGCUGGACCGACAGCAAGGCUUCGGAAACCAACCAAAUAAGAGGGAGGGAAACGAGGGAGCGAUUGUUUUCUAAAUAUUUACAUCUGAUGUAAAUCUCUUUUUGGAGGGAGAAUCUUAGCUAGAGGAAAACAAAAAGAAACAAAACGAUUUUCUUUUGAAGCUGUGUCUUUAUUUGCUGUUUUUUUCGGGGGAAAGUGCUGUUCUUCCUUGAAUCAUCAGGUCUGUUGGAAAAGAUGGUCUUUCUGUUUCUAGUCAUCUCUUUCUGGUCUACGCUGAAGACUGGAUGAUUUUCUGCCAGGGAUUCAAAAAAGAUGUGAAGGGACUGGACUCUAACCAAGGGCAUUUGGAUCUGCAGCAGUUUUUCUUUUUUCCAAUGCAAUAAUACAAUUUACAUACAAGCUGUGUUCCAAAUAAGGACAGAGAAAAGCAUGUAAACAACCAGCCGUUGCAGGUGGCCUGAACCAUGGCGCAGCUCUACUACAAGAAGGUGAACUACUCUCCUUACCGGGACCGCAUCCCACUGCAGAUCGUCCGGGCAGAGGCCGAGCUCUCUGCCCAGGAGAAGGCCUACCUGAUCGCGGUAGAGAAGGGGGACUACGCCAGCGUGAAGCAGGCCCUAGAGGAGGCAGAGAUCUACUACAACAUCAACAUCAACUGCAUGGACCCCCUGGGGCGCAGCGCCCUGCUCAUCGCCAUCGAGAACGAGAACCUGGAGAUCAUGGAGCUGCAGCUGAGCCACAACAUCUACGUGGGGGACGCGCUGCUCUACGCCAUCCGCAAAGAGGUGGUGGGGGCCGUGGAACUGCUGCUGAGCCACCGCAAACCCAGUGGGGAGAAGCAGGUCUCUUCCUUAAUGAUGGAUAACCAGUUUUCAGAGUUCACUCCCGACAUCACCCCUAUCAUGCUGGCAGCCCACACCAACAACUAUGAGAUCAUCAAACUCCUGGUCCAACGCAAGGUCACCAUCCCACGGCCGCACCAGAUCCGCUGCAACUGCGUGGAGUGCGUGUCGAGCUCCGAGGUGGACAGCCUGCGUCACUCCCGCUCCCGCCUCAACAUCUACAAGGCUCUGGCCAGCCCCUCCCUCAUCGCCCUGUCCAGCGAGGACCCCAUCCUCACCUGCUUCCGGCUGGGCUGGGAGCUCAAGGAGCUGAGCAAGGUGGAGAACGAGUUCAAGGCGGAGUACGAGGAGCUUUCCCAGCAGUGCAAGCGCUUUGCCAAGGAUCUCCUGGACCAGGCCCGCAGCUCCCGGGAGCUGGAGAUCAUCCUGAACCAUCGGGAUGACCAGAGCGAGGAGCUGGACCCGCACGAGUGCCACGACCUGGCCAAGCUCAAGCUGGCCAUCAAAUACCACCAGAAAGAGUUUGUGGCUCAGCCGAACUGCCAGCAGCUCCUGGCGACUCUGUGGUACGACGGGUUCCCUGGCUGGCGCCGGCGGCACUGGGCUGUCAAGCUGCUGACCUGCUUCACCAUCGGGCUGCUCUUCCCGGUCUUCUCGGUGGUUUACCUGCUAGCUCCCAAGAGCAGCCUGGGCCUGUUCAUCAAGAAGCCGUUCAUCAAGUUCAUUUGCCACACCGCCUCCUACCUGACAUUCCUGUUCCUGCUGCUCCUCGCCUCCCAGCACAUCGUCCGCACAGACCUGCACAUGCAGGGCCCUCCACCCACCAUCGUCGAGUGGAUGAUACUGCCGUGGGUGCUGGGAUUCAUUUGGGCUGAAAUUAAAGAAAUGUGGGACGGGGGGUUCACCGAGUAUAUCCAUGACUGGUGGAACCUGAUGGAUUUCGCAAUGAACUCCCUGUAUCUCGCCACCAUCUCAUUAAAGAUUGUUGCAUAUGUCAAGUACAAUGGCUCUCGUCCCCGGGAGGAGUGGGAGAUGUGGCACCCCACCCUGAUCGCAGAGGCCCUGUUUGCCAUUGCCAACAUCUUCAGUUCCCUGCGGCUCAUCUCCCUGUUCACUGCCAACUCCCACCUGGGGCCCCUGCAGAUCUCGCUGGGCCGCAUGCUGCUGGACAUCCUCAAGUUCCUCUUCAUCUACUGCCUGGUGCUGCUUGCCUUCGCCAAUGGCCUCAACCAGCUGUACUUCUACUAUGAGACCAGCGCUGCAGAGGAGCCCCAUAACUGCAAGGGCAUCCGCUGUGAGAAACAGAACAACGCCUUCUCAACGCUAUUUGAGACCCUGCAGUCCCUGUUCUGGUCUGUGUUUGGUUUGCUGAAUCUCUACGUCACCAAUGUGAAAGCCCGACACGAGUUCACGGAAUUUGUUGGCGCCACCAUGUUUGGCACGUACAAUGUGAUCUCUCUCGUGGUGCUGCUCAACAUGCUGAUAGCCAUGAUGAACAACUCCUACCAGCUCAUUGCAGACCACGCCGAUAUCGAGUGGAAGUUUGCCCGGACGAAGCUGUGGAUGAGCUAUUUUGAUGAGGGGGGCACCCUGCCGCCCCCCUUCAACAUCAUCGUGAGCCCCAAGUCCAUCUGGUACCUGUGCGUGUGGCUCCACCAGCAGCUCUGCCCUGGGAAGAGCCGUGACGAGGAGCACAAGAAACAUGAGAACUUCAAGACAUUCACGGAACGCCAUGCUGACAUCCUCAUCCAGAACCAACACUACCAGGAAGUCAUAAGAAAUUUGGUGAAAAGAUAUGUAGCCUCCAUGAUAAGGAGUGCCAAGACAGACGAGGGUCUAACGGAGGAGAAUUUCAAGGAGCUGAAGCAGGACAUUUCCAGUUUCCGCUACGAAGUUCUCGACCUGCUGGGCAACAGGAAGCCCCCGCGGCGGACCUACUCCUCCAGCAGCGAUGCCACCCUGAAGGACGAGAUGAACGACGAGGGCGAGGGCAAGUGCAAAUCGAAGAAUGUCUCCUUCAACCAGGCCGACAAAAAGAGAGACGCCUUCAGCGUGUCAGCUCUGUUCCGCUCCAUGUCGGGAAUCGACAUCGCGGAGGAGAAACCAAAGAGCAACGGUCUCAAGAAGUCCUUCGUCAAGAACGGCAACCGGCUGCAGAGAAUCUCCAACUCCAAAAAGGACUCUUUCAAGAGACUGGGCCUGCUGUUCUCCAAGAUGAACGGGCAUGUUUCGGAGCCCAGCUCCUCAGAACCCAUGUACACCAUCUCGGACGGGCUUAUUCAGCCCAAGCACAUGUGGCAGGACUUCAAGUACUCUCAGAGCGAGGUUCACCUCAAUGCGGUUGGCAUGGACGAGCCGGCCAAGGUCAAUGGCAUGGACCGUCUCCUGCCUCCCGUCUGCGGCAACUCCCUUCACUGUGCUUCCAGCAUCACCGCUUCCAGCUCCAAGCUCAUCAACUCCACGGAGGACGUGUUUGAUGGCUGGGAGGGGGGUUGCAGUGUGCUCAUUAACAACUGGAAAGCAGGGCAAGAGGACAGCGUUACCACCCAGUUAUGAAAAGGGGAUGGCGAGCUUGUUUAACACAGGGCACUGCCUCCACCUUUUCUCAUAGCUGGAUACAGCACGGCUAGAACACGGACUUGGUGUAGCUUUACAUAGCCCAUUACUGUCAUUAGUGUAGAAACAAACCUUUAAAAAGACCUUCUUUAUUGCAAUAGUAAUAAUAUUAACAGGAUACAAUUUAGCUACACGUGUAAAGCCUUUAAUCUCUUGCCGGCUACUGACUUUUUAAUCUGAGCUCAGGUGGGUGGGAGUGAGCAUAGGGGUUAUAGGGUUGGGUCUACUCAAGACCUUCCUUCGAAGUCUUGGAAGGGCAGUUCCAAUUACUUUUAGGGUUAUAUUUUGUUUUUUAAAAUGCCGAUUACAUUUGUAUUAUUGUUGGCAAAAUGUUUCAAGAUGGAACUGAGAUGAAGAUGCCAAGCACUCUUGUGGGCCAUUCCAUUUCAAACGAUCAAUGGAUUACAAAUGCCAUUCAAGUGUUUUUUUUCCCAGCCAGUUAGAGAAAUCACUCUGAAGGGUUUGUUGCUUCAAUAUUAAAAUUUGUAGAAUGUUUCUCUAACUGGCUGCCUUGUUGCUUGCAGGCCUGUUUUACCAUGUUCAGAUCAUUUGUUUUUACUUCCUGAUCUUGAGAAAUCAUGUGAUAUUGUGACCUUUCAACUCUUCUAUACUUCAUCAUAAAGCAGGUAGAAGCAAAAACAAUAUCUAAAAUGGCACUGCUUUUUGUUCUGGAUACAAAUUUAAAGUAUUGCAUCCAGGUACCUAAUAAUGUAAUACAAUUGAGGUUACAUGGUCCAGUAGCAGCUACUGGACACAGGAAGUUAACAGGAAUCAAGAAACAAUGAAUUGAUCUAUUGGGUUUUAAUAAUUAGAAUCUGCAAUAGAGUUGACUAAACCAGACAAAAAGCAAGCAAUCUUCAGCAUAAUUAAUUUGGUACCAGUUCAUCAAAAUUAUUAUUCUUAUUGGGACAUAUUUGGCUAGUUUAGUUGUGACAUAGAAUGGCUCAUCUGAAUCCCUGCGGAUGUCUUUUAGUGAGGUAUUGGAUUUUUGAUAAGCAGUGUUGGGGAGUAAUGCAUUACUUGUAAACGCAUUACUGUAAUUCAAUUACUUUUUUCAGUAACUAACUGUAAUGGUUCCUUUUUCAAACACAUAACAAAAUAUCAUAACAGGUUAUGUUUUAUGUGAAGAAAUAAGUUACGUUUAGUUAGAUAAAGAAGGACCAUGACUAAUGCAUAACAUAGAAAUCAGAAGGUUACUUCAAACAGGCAAACCUUACAUUUCACAUAAAAACGCUGUUCAUAUCCUUGCUAGAAAAUGGCAUCAGGAGGGAACGAGUGGGUUCGAUAGUCGGAUCUUCAAAGAAUAUUUCCAGAUGCAGCCUGACCGAAACGAAAAAUUAAUUCUCAGUAAACUGUGGCUGAGAAGAUACUACUUAGAACUUGAACUAGUUACCUGUAACACAUUACUUUUUAAAGUAACUUCCCCAACACUGCAAAUACACAAGGAAGAUGUUGUUGGGAUUGUGAGUGUCUUAAUUACCACUAACAGAGACUGAAGUAUAUUCUGAUUCAAAUAUGUUAUAUACAUGGUUAACCCACAUCAAUGGAUUAUUGUUAGUAUAUAAAAAGGUGGUAAAACAAAUUCUUCAAUGAUUCCAUGUUAAACCUAUAGCCAUGCCUACAGCCAAUGCACAGAACUGCACAAUCAGUGACUGCAGUCUUCCUCAGCACUGAAUGAACAUCUCACACAAAAAGCAAAACAAUACGUUACAUUUUGGUUUAGUAUGUAUUCAUACAUUUUUUAAACAGCCAAGAUGUUUACCAAAAAGUCUAAACUAAAAUCACUGUCACCGUUUUGUUUCAACAAUAAUAAUAAAUUAAUAGUAAUUAUACAACUACUAAUAAUAUUGAUAGGGUUAUGUAAAUGUGUCAAUUUGAAAAUGUUAAGGUUUUCGUUCAAUGAAAAUGUUAUUUUUAUAUUUUUAGGAGGGUAUGUCUAAGAUGAUAUCAUUUUUAUCUUAAUGAAAAUAUUGGAUUUAACUGAACGCUAUGGACGGAUUAAAGAUAAGAAGCUUUAUUCGCCAUAAAGAGAAUGUAUUAUUUUAUGCCAUUUAUUGUUUUUAAUGCUAAAUAGAGAAUGACUAUGAAGUGGCUUGAGCUCUCCGGGGUGCUGCUGCUGUGGAGAAGCCUGGAGCAAUGAAACCGAGUGCUGGUGACCUGAAGCUAAUAGGAAUGUUGUACCAAUUACAGCAGUGCACAGGGAAGCAUUAUACUUGAAAUACUGCACACUGCAGUGGCGGCCCAAAAACAUUAGGAGGCAGGAAAAAAAGACUGGUGGCUGCAGCAGUAGAUUCUUAUUAUUGUAUUCUGACUAACAACACUUUUAAUAUCUUAACAUUUUACCCCAAUUUAAAAACACAUUCUCCCCACUAGCCAGCAGAGGAAACAAAACCGUAGCCCAUAAUAGUUUAUUCUAUAAACUUAACUGUGAUACACUGCCAGCGUAUGUUUAAAAAUGCAUUGUAUACAACAUGAAUAUACCUUUUAGAUUUCAAGACCACACAUUUUGAUUCUUUAACAAUGAGAACAUCAUUGUCACCACACUUUGUCUAUUUCACCGAAUAUAUUACAGAUGUGAAAAUGCAGAUGUUUCCAUUGGAUGUUGAGAGAAAUAUUACAAAAAAGACAAUUGCCAUUAGCACUGUAUAAACUCCUGAAUAUAAAGUCAUGGUUUGUCUCCAUCCAUUCCCACUUAGCUUGAGCACAGCGACUAUCAACUCUAGAUUACAUUCUUGCAUGAGUCCAUCCAUCACCCAGGAAAUCAUAUGAGUAAAGCACUGGACAAAUCCAACAGUGCUCAUGUAGAAAACUGUUGAGUUAAAGAAAGUUAUUGGGAAAUAUGACUUUCCUGGACUGCCUUCAGAAUUAAGAAGUGGAGACAUGCAUUGUGAAACUACACAGUGCAGAAUGUAUUACAUUUAGCCAUUUAGUGCUAAAAAGUAGAGUAGGUGUCUGUGACGGGCUUGUACAUCAAAGUAUUGGUUGCAUAGAUCAACGAUUCCAUCAAGACAAUUUUUUGUCCAGUAGGUAAAAUUCACUGUAGAAUUUCAAAGCAUGCCUGCCAUAGAGCAGAAUGAAUUCCACUGUCCCUGAUGAUUUGCAUACAUGUCUUCUUCCCAUGCCAGUCACACUAGGCUGUGCACUUUCACCAUGCUCCUAUUUACAGUACCACAGCAUUGUGCAUACAGAGUUCAAGGCCACUACACCCUUUUACAACACAUAGCAUGUAAUCAUUAUGCAGACCAGACCAUUGCGAAUAGAUCCCAAUACUUACCCAUACACUCCACAGGCACUCUGAUGAGCAUGUUGAGCGAGGCACCAAUUAAUAAGAUCACAGCAUGCAUGGCAUCUGGAUUUAGAGAACAAUGCAAGAGAUUACUCACCUCUAAUAGGUAGUUACAACUUUCUGACAAUAAAUAAAUAAAUUCAGCAAAACUUCACACUGAUUAACUAAUCUGGUGUAUUUUACAACCAUGCUGUGAUACAAUAGAAGAAAAAAAAUCUGUAAUGAUAUUUAAACAGUAUAGUUUGGAGCUACACAUUACUGCUGUGUAUCAAAGCAUGCAAGGCCUGCAUAGAUUUGCCAUUUAGAAGCGGUUUGACAGCAGGACUUGUAGCCUCUGGAUCGAUCAGCACAUUCCACAGCCUUGCUUCAGGUUAGAGAAGGGCUUAUAAACUGUCUUGUGCUUUUACACCACCGGGAGAUAUUUAAACAGCAGGCACAAUGCAGUAUAAUCUAAAUAAUAAAUCAUUGCAUUUGCUGUAAUAAAUAUAUUCCAGUCAUCUCUGUCCAUCAGAUUUAUAAACCCAAGGAAAAAGCAUCCUCAGUAGUUCUGAGUUUUAAAAAUCAAUGUACUGUAAACCUACAGUAUUACAGAUGAGAGGGGACAGAUUUAAAGGGAACUACCUCCAUCUAAAACAGCCUAUACUUUUUAAAAUAACCUUUGCAAUUGUCACUAUAUACUGAAUAUUUCGUUUUUUACAUUUUUGAAUUACAGAAUCUCACCGGGAGGUUCAGAUUGCAUUACCACAGACAUGAGAGAACAGGCUCAUGUGCUGUAGUUCAAAACCUGGUGAAUCACAUUCAUUAUAAUACUAGUACACUGUGACACUGCCUGUAAACAUUUAUUAAAACAUCAACGUCCGUUUUCACUGUAGAAAUAAUGAGCUCCCCCCUCCCCCCCCCCCCCCACAAGGUUAGUCUGUCACAACUUUACAAGCCUUGAAAAAGCAGACACUUACAUUUUUCUAGCUUUUGUUUUCACAGAUGGUUCAUAUGCAAUCUCCCAUUGUUUACAUACAAUCAUUUCUGCUGAAUAAAUGUAUUUUAUUGAACACCAUCUUCCUGUUUUAUUGUUCCCAUGUUUAUUAAGAGUUUGCACCAGGUCGGUCCUGUCCUUGUGUCUUGUACAGUAUUAACUGUGCAUCUAGUGGGGUUCAUACUGCUCUGCACUGACCUGGGAUGCAGGAUGAUCCUCUGCCAGCACCAUUCAUAAUCCAUUCGUAUCCCAGACACCAUGCAGCUCUAGUUGGUUUUGUGUCCACCACAAAGCGGUCGUACCCCAGAUAUAAUUAAGGGAUAACCAGUGUGGUAAUCCCAAUCAUACUCCAAGUAGCAACACAUUUUAAAUAUUGGGGGAUCAUACUGGAAUACAAAUUGACGUUUGCCUUUCUGGGAGAAGACUUGGCUGUGCCACAAAACAAACAUUCAAUCUCGCCAUCUUGCAGUUAAAAUGCCAAGGAAGCUGUGGGCUAUAUAUUACAUAUAAACAGACUUAACUAUCAGUAUAUAAAUAUAUUGCAUGUACAUUUAACAAGGAAUACAAAAAAGCCCUUUGUCAGCUACAACAGCAACGUAAUUGUUUGCUCAAGUAGAAUGCAGAGUUAACUAAGAACUGUGUAACUAUUGUAUACAUUAAA